AUGACAUUAAAAAAAUAUAAAAAUAUUCCUGUUCAUAUUGUAGAAGAUCACAAUCACGUUUUGGAAUAUAUAUAUAAAAGCAUGGGUUCCAGACAUCUCCCGCUGGAGGGUAAUUCAAUAAUACAUUUUGAUUCUCAUCCAGAUUUAAUGAUACCAAAAAAUAUGCCAGCGGAAACGGUUUUUAAUAAAUACGAUUUAUUUAACUCGUUAAGCAUUGAAAAUUGGCUAAUGCCAGCUUGUUAUUCUGGUCAUUUUAAUACAAUUAAACCCAUUUGGUCGAAUCAAAUCCCAACAGGAAGUUAUAAAGUGUUAUUAGGGAAAUGGAAUAAUUUUAUCAGGUUGUAUUCAAGUAUAUAUUAUUUUAUAAGUGAUGGGCUUUGCGUUCCCGAAGGAAAAUUAGAAAAUAAAAAAAAUUUAUUAUUAAAUGUUUCACAUGUAAAUGCUACCGAUUACGUAUCAAACGAAAUCAAUAAUAAAAAUUACGUUUUAGAUAUCGAUUUAGAUUUUUUUAGCACUAAAAAUCCAUUUAAUCGCGAAUUCGAAAAGGGAAAACUAUACGAAAUGCUUGAACCAUUAUUUUCAUUUACUGUACCAAAUAAUGUUAAAUUAAACGUACCUGAAUCCGAAGUAGAAGAAGAUAUGAAUAAAGAACUCAUAUGUGACAUAUCGGAAAAACGUGAAAAACAACUCGAUGAAUUAAAUAAAAUUUUCCAAUGUUUAGAAAAAAACGAUUGUAUAGAUGAUGUGGAAAAUGAAUUAUCCGAUUCAAUAAUUUUACAAAUAAAAGAAAUAAUAGAAUGCGUAAAAAAAAAUUAUACGAAAAUUGAUUGGUGGCUAAUUCAUUCGGCUGGAUUAACAUGGGAUGCUACAGAACUUCCAGAACACGUUUCUACCGACAGCGAACUCGUUGAUAUGUUUAUUAAUUUUAAAAAAUUUUUAUUGGAAUUAAAAAAACCGCCCACGCUCAUCAUAAUCGCGAGAUCUACAAACGACGAUUAUUGUCCAAAAGAACAAGUUAAUUACAUACAAAAAAAUAUUUUGGAAAUAUUGGAAAAUGUUUUUGGCACAAUGACCAUUCAUUAUCACUAUAAUAACAAUGAUAAGAAAUUAGAUUUGUGA